UUCUGAUAAGGAUGAGACGUGAAUAACUGGCUACCUGGCAACCGCCAAAGAGGCGCGCAUCUUCUAUUCCACCAGAUAACAACAGACAGGUUUCCUGUGCGUUAUCUUUGACGGUACCGAAGAGAGGUUGUCUUAGCGGCCAGCCUUUGUCAUUUGGCGUCAUUCAGCUCGUAAAUUUGAAGACAGUGGUGUUACUGACAGCAAUCUGAACUUGAAUUAAGCGUUGUAAGCGCGAGUGAAUGAUCGAUUUGAUGAGUGUUCUGUAAGCAUCAAGCUGUGCUCAUAAUUCAAUCAAGUAUUUUAAUCAUAAAAAAACUUAAUUUGAUUGAAUGGAUCUGUUUCAACAUUAGGCAGGAAUUACGACAAGUGAAGCCUAAACUGAUAACAGUGCAAGCAGAGAGAUAGGAAGGAAAACAACAAUUGAAAAUGAUAAGAGUGACAAAUUUUCUCAAGUAUUUUUUAGCUGACGAGUGAUAUCGCACGCAACAAAGAAUGACUGUUCCGAAAAAUAUUAUCUAUAAUAUACAAAUUACAUUUGCUUGGUGAUAAUGUCUUUCUUAUGCGGGAGGAGAAGCAGACUUCUUAUGAGCGCCCUUUUUGGCUUUUUAUUUCUCUUGUACGUCAGACAGGAUCAGGAUGCAGAAGGUGACGACGGCUCUGAACCAGAGGUUGCUAAACUUUACCCUACAGAUGCCCCUGUGAAGGAAGUCCUGAGCAAAGUGGGAAAAGACCUGAUAGAGGAAGUGGCGCUUCCUGCGUCGUGGAAUGCGUCUGAAGAACUCCUUGCGCGCUUAGCAUCACGGCGUCGGCACGUCAAAGAGGUAUGUCAUCGAUACGAUCUGGACCAGCCAAGGGCUGAUUACCAGAUGAACGCCUGGGAAUUCUUCAUAAACUACGAGUACAAUCUCGUCUGGUGUAAUGUCUUCAAAGCGGCCUCCUCGACAUGGCUCUGGAACUUCAACAUGCUCGCUGGUUUUUCUGAGAAGGAGUUGCUGUCCUCCAAAAUCGCGCCUGUGGAACUGGCCAGACAGCGGUAUCCCAGGCCUAAUGUGAAGCAGCUACAGCAGGCCCUGAAUUUCAAGCCCCAACCUCUGACCUUCAUGAUUACGAAGAAUCCUCUACUACGAUUGGUUUCUGCAUACAGAAACAAGAUCCAGAACGGAAACGCCAUUUACGUGCCGAUGUUUAGUCGCAUUUUCCGUCGGUACAAGAAGUAUGGUCCCCCUGUGCCUAUGGUCCCUAAGAAUGGCAUGUCCCCCUCGAGGGUCAGUGGGAAAUACGCCCCCUCCUUCUCCCAGUUCGUGCAGUACGUCCUGGACGAAGAAAAGGCUCAAAAGACCUUAGACAUGCACUGGAUACCGCAGUCUAGGUUCUGCACAACUUGUCUCGUCAACUUUAACGUUUUCGCCAAGACCGAAACGUUAGAUGAAGAUGGUAACUACAUCAUAUUCACUGCAGGAUUGAAUAACGUCAUCAAACCAAAGAUCAUCAACCGCUCCCUCAAUGGGUCGAGUGAAUCCAUAGCCAAGGAAUUCCUUUGCCAGUUGACGGAUGGACAGUUCCAAGGGUUGCUUGAGCUUUACAAGUACGAUUUGGAACUCUUCCAGUAUGAAUCUGCUUCCCUGCGAACCUGUUGACAUUUGCAAAUGGAAGAAAUUAGAGCGAGAUAACAUCAUCGUCGACAUUUUUACAAGCCUUCAGUUGAACAGGAUGUGAUUCGCCUUCUCUUCACAGCUUCACUGGACUUGCAUUUGUGAAAUACUCCACUAAAUAUCUAGAUAAGGUGCAGUUGCCUUGGGCUUGCGUGUGGUGAAUAGCCUACUAAACAUCUAGACAAGGCGCUGUUGCGCUGGACUUGUCUGGUAGGCAGUCCACUUAACAUCUAAACAGGGCUCUGUUGCACUGGAAUUAUGUGUGGUAAACAGUUCACUAUAUAACUAAAGAGGGUUCAAUUGGGCUGGAACUAAGUGUGGUAACAUUCCACAAACAUUUAAAUAACGUACAGCUGCCAUGGUACUGUGAUUGGCAAACAGCCCACUAAAGAUCUGGUUAAGUUACAAAUGUCCUGGGUAAGCAUAAAGCUGUAGGAAGCAGUGAAAGGAUAAGAACUGAAAUAAAUCCAUUUGUGUCAUCUUAAAGCUUUUAGACUCAAGAUUUAAGAUUGCUUAUCUUCUUGACCCUGCUAUUAUGAGAUUAUUUUGAAAGGACGUUACAGUACCUGUGAAAUAAUCGGAAGCAUAAAUGUAUAAUGCCCAAUUUUUGUCAUGAUAACAUUUAUCAUUACAGAAAGAAAUAGUCCCAGUAAUAAUGGUUCUUGUACUGCUGCUUUUCUUUAAGAUUUACGUAUGAACUGCUUGAGAAAUCUUUUAUUUUCCAUUCAUUUUUUUUCUUUUUUUUCUUUUUUUUAAAUUUUUGCGUAAUUAUUUCUGUGUAUGUUAUUUCCAGUGACAACCACAGAUGGCAUUGAAAUUUACUGAAGUCUUUCCACUCUAUUCAAAUCAUAGAAGUAUAAUCAUUUAACUAGGUGAAUAAUUGUCAGAAAAAAUUUGAUACGAGUAUAUUUUUGUAAGUUAUUUAUAUGCCAGUGUGCAUAGUUCUUUGUUAGACACCGUUUUGCUGCUUCGUGCUGCUAUAAUUCUAGUGCCUGAAUUUACGGCUUAGUUACUAAUCUUAUGAUAGAUCACAGAUGAUAGAUCACAGAAAAACCUUCACUCAAAUUUGGUAAUAUAUUAUUUGUAAAACGAUAGCAAUUAACAUAAUUUUUGCGUGCUUUACUAUAGGUCCACCUUGUUCUAAGCAAAGCCCCUUCCACACGAGGGGGAAAGACAAUCUCGCUUUUAAACAGUGUUACCAGAUCAAACAGUCCAAGGCCGGCAGUAGGCACAGGCAGGCGAACCCGUAACUUGAACAACACUCGUGAUCGCCAUCCACCCACAAAAUUGGUAACAGUAUCUGCCCGGUGAGCAUUUGCCCCUCAUGUGGAAGGGACUUUUGUGGCUUAAGCAUGAUGUGGUAUGAUUAUGUUGAAAGGUAAGUCUGACAUUAAAGUUUUCCCUCUCAUAA